AUGGCGACAUCGCAAGAGGCCAUCGAUGCUUUUAAUGCGGCUGGAACAGCUCUCCCAGAUAUACAAAAUGAUACUUUCUCAAAUCCGAUCGAAGUCGAUGGAAGAAGUAUGACUGUGUUUAUUAAGCCGAACGAUGACGACGAACAAGAUCGUAUGGACCUGCUUCAUCACGUUUUCAACCUCGUUUUAGAUGGCAAAUUAUACUUGGCCCCGAUUGAGGAUCCUCAACGAGUACUCGAUGUUGGAACCGGUACUGGAAUUUGGGCAAUUGAUUUUGCUGAGUAUGGCCUUGUCACUUCAGUAGAAGGAUACCACCAAACCUUGAAUUCGAACCAUGGAUACUCGGACGAUGGGACGGGAGAUUUAGCUCCGUCCUUCCAAAAGUGGCAGGCGGGCCUUGACGAAGCAUCGAAACUAUUCGGAAGAGAUUUGAAUGUCGCGAUGAAAUUUAAAGAUUGGCUAGACGAAGCCGGAUUUGAAGCAGUUGUCGAGAGACAUUGGAAACUUCCUAUGGCGCCCUGGGCCCGCGACCGCCGCAACAAAGAAAUUGGCCUAUAUAUGCAGCAGAAUAUGUUAGACGCCACCGUCGCAUAUGGAAUGGCGCAUUUCACGCGGAUAUUAGGAUGGACACCUGAAGAAUACCAAGUUCUCGCCGCCGGCGUACGCAAUGAAUUUAAAGAUAGCAGAGUUCAUAAUUGGUGUAACAUGUAUAUAGUAUAUGGAUGUAAGCCGAUGGGAAGUGGAGCCGAAAGAAAUGCGCCUGCCACGGGAGCUCCUGUGCUGUCUGGAUUUGACGCGUCUCCUGAUACUGCGCAGAAAUCGAUUGGAACAGAGAGUGUUACGGAGAAGAAAACUGGAGAUGGGAAGAAUAUUGAGGGGCGGAAGAAAGUAGGUGAUGGAAAUGUUGAAGAGAGUGAUAUAGCAGCUGUCGUUAAAGAGGCUGGAGAGAAUGUUAUGGCGCAAGGGAAGGGAAAAAGUAAGGUUUUGGAAGCUGUUAAGGAGGGCGUGGGGAAAAAGAAAGGAAAAAGUGGAAAGUGGUUAGGUUAG